UUCAGGUUGCACUCAACACCCGCCACCCCUGCGCUGCACUGGCGCUCCAGGCCCGCAAGCCAUGGCUACCUGUAAGGUACUGAUGCCCGCCCACCUGCCACCAGCUGGCGCUAGGUACCUCAGUACUAACGCAUGGGACGGAAGGCUGCCAACGCCUCCAAAGCACUAUGACGCCCACCUUAGUACCUAGCAGCGCCGACCUGACACACGCACCGCCAACGUAUAAAGCUGCCAGCCCUCGCGCUCAACCCUCACUUCUCACCGGCCGCUGCCAGACAACUUCAUCACACUGCCCGCCCCCUAGAUCGACACUUCGAUUACGGCGUCCACGCCACGAACCGACCGUCUACGUCCGCGAGCGUAGUGCCAGCAGGCAGCCGGAUCCUAUGUGACCAGGCUGCGCAGCCUGGCCGACACCUGGCACUGCCCGUUCUCGGCACGCUUCGAUCGAGAGCACCGAUUACCGCAACGGCGCCCCGGUCGUUGUCUCGCAGACUACAAUCACCGGCCAGCCAUGGCGGUUACUCGCAACGCAGGCAGGCCAUCGUCUGCUGCGAGCGCGGCCUCAAGCAGACGCAACCCAGGCCGAUCAUCUCGAUUCGCGCCACGAUCCUCGAAGCGUCCUCUCUACCACGAGUCGACCGAUUCAGAAGGAGAUAUCGACUCCCUGUCAUCCGCCAUUUCUGAGUCCGACGAGCCCGACGUGGCCGACUCCAAGACAUCUCCGCGCCAAGAUGGCAGUGCACCCGGGCAACGCCAAGCGACACUUCCAUCAGAGAGCCAGAGGGAUCGAGCCAGGAAACGAAGAAGCGCACCAUCGACACCGGUCAAGAAGCGCAAGUUGGCGACACCCCCCCAAGACGACAAGCCGGCAACCUUCAUCCCUGACUGGAGAGACCCGCGAAUCUCAUUCGAGUGUUGGUCAGACGUCUUCCACUAUGCUGCGAGGAUGACUGCAUCGUCAGACAACCUGGCGACCGGCUGGCUCAUGCACGCUGCCACGGUGUGCCGCGCCUUUGCGGAACCUGCACUCACGGCUCUCUAUCGCUGCCCAACCAUCAAGAACUCUCUCAAGGCAAAGCGCCUGGCAACGCUGCUAGGUCGACCGGUCACCCAGACGGCAUACAACUACAGGACUAAGAUUGAGACUCUUCUCAUCGACAUCCACAUUGUUCCACUCGGCGCGUUGCGAUAUUUGAUCCAGGCGCUUCCACGGUUGAAGGAGCUCAUCGUGUACACGCCGCUGGAUCAGCCACCCUACAGACAACUGGACAAGAACAUUCGAUGGCACUACCCAGAAGAUAUCUUCGGGUCUCUCGAGCCGUCCGUACCUCUUCCAGACGGCUCCAUCGACAAGCCAUUCCCAACCUUCUUGAAGAGCUGGGAGUGGAGCGGCCGCCUCGUAGGCGGCUGGGUGCCUACCCUGGAGAGCAUCAUUGAUGUCCACCAGACGACGCCCUUUUCCAAGCUCUCCAAGCUGGCGUUUACGAAUUUCCAGGUUCCCUCUUUGAGCAACCUUCGCCGGAUUCCAGCUAAUGAUGAGGGAGAGCUGCGCGCACAACACGAAGAUGGAAUAGUGAUUGAUGUAAUUGCCAAGGCCAUUUCGCAAGUGGAAAACCUCAACCACCUGGUUUUUGAAUCUUCAACGGUGAUGAAUCAUCGCCUGCUUCCCCUCUUGCCCCAGACUCUGAGCCAUCUGGAGCUUAUUAAUUGCUGGGAAAUCAAGUCCGAGGACCUCGUCAGGUUCUUGCGAACUCACGGUGGGUGCCUGCGCACUCUGAGCCUGCUGCACAACCAGUCCCUGGACCUGGCCUUCUUGACCGACUUGGCCGAAUCAUGUCAAGGUCUCCGCGAGUUGCACAUCAACCUCUCCUACUACCGGCAUCAUGAUAGUAUCAAUGAUGCUGAUCCCAUGUACGAGCAAGCUCUGCUGCCCGAGCAGGUUCCCACGUGGCCAUCAACUCUUCGUGUCAUAAACAUUGAACACAUCCGCGACUGGUCUGUGGAGGCAGCUGGAGUGUUUUUUCAGUCACUUGUGGACAGUGCUGGCAAUCUGCCCGAUCUGCGGCACCUGGGAAUCAAGACGAUGCUCAACAUUCCCUGGCAAGCCCGCGCGACAAUGCGACGGGAAUGGCGCGACAAACUGGAGAAGGUCUUUCUCCGCCCCUUUACCCCCCCACGCAAUUUCACAACCUUGCGGUCGACGUCUGCCGAGGCGCCGAGCCUCCCCAAAAGCAGCCCCAAGCAUGCCAAGAAGUCAGCUGGGGCAUCUGCAAUCAUCUCGCGGCGCAGUGGCAGACUUGCCGCUCACGACCGCGAUUCGGACUCGGCAGGAGCCAGGUCAAACAAGUCGCUCCGGCAGCAUCAUGGCGGCCGACCCUUGUAUCGAGAGCCCGAUACGGACGAAGACGAGGUGGAGACAUCUGCAUCCGAGCCAGAUGAUGCGCCCGAAGUUCAGGACGAAGACCAGCGCGAAUGGAUUGUUCAGGGCAUGUGCAACACCGUCAACAUCCUCGUCGACAAUCAGAAAGUCGGAGAGCAGCAGUACGGCAUGGGCGAUUUCCUCGACGAGGAUGAGGAGGAGUCGGAGGAGGAGUGGGACGGCGACGACGAUGACGAUGACGACGCCAUCGCCUUUUAACGGACGGUGGCUUUUUCUCUGCCCCGACUGCGCGUCGUCAACGUUGAUGCUGCGGUCUUCCACCGAGGAGGCAUGGGACUUCUACUUCCCUGCUGCGGUUUUGUGUGUUUGGCUGGCCCUAUUUGAGGCUCUCAUCAUGGAACACGGCCACGGGCGACAGGUAAUGGGCAAUAGGUAAUGAGCUACGGGAAAUGGGGUCGGCGCAAAUGGGACGAUACCCCUUAGAUGAUGGAUCACUCCACAUGGCCAAGGAAACAGUCGAGAAGUGGCCACCAGUGUACGACUUUGAUUUGUUUAGAUAGAACGAUCAACGAGUGCUGGUAUUGCGCGACCCACCGGCGUCACUCGCUUGCAUGACUGAGUGGGUGAGCGAGGCGCACCUACAAAGCCUAACAUGCUACAGGCAGGCGCCUAGAAUAGGCAGAAUCGUGAUCCGGAG